UACGUGACAAGCUAAAACACUACCUGUAACUGUCAGUCCUUGGGUAUACGAAGCGAAUAAGUCGCAGCAGCAGCAGAAAGAGUUUAGUAAUGGCAUCCGCCGGAGAAGCAGGUGGCGUUGUGGUGGGACAGCCUUCAUCCUCGUCGUCAUCUUCAAAGAAAGCAGCAGCAUCAAAGCGCUUCGAUAUCAAGAAGUGGAACGCCGUCUCUCUCUGGGCUUGGGAUAUCGUUGUUGAUAACUGUGCUAUCUGCAGGAAUCAUAUCAUGGAUCUCUGCAUUGAAUGCCAAGCUAAUCAGGCUAGUGCAACCAGUGAGGAGUGCACUGUUGCUUGGGGUGUGUGCAAUCACGCUUUCCAUUUCCACUGCAUCAGCAGGUGGCUAAAAACUCGUCAAGUGUGUCCUCUUGAUAAUAGUGAGUGGGAGUUUCAGAAGUAUGGCCACUAGAUCAUUCAGUAGCAGGCUGUGGAUUGCUCCCUCUUUUUUGUCUUCUUUUCUUGAAGUCAUCUAUCACAAGAGCAAAGAGGGGAGACAAGAGAUAUUCCUGGCUCUGCCUCUCUCUUUUAGUAUCCCGUAGCUUUUUAAUAUUUUGAUGUCAGUUCAUUUAGUGUCAACAGUAAAUUGUAGCAAAAUGGGCAGUUUCAAAGACUAAGUUUUACAGGGUAUAAUAAUUUCAACUAGUGGUGAUCUGAACCAAGUCAUCAAACUCUUUGUCGAUCUUUAGUUUACCCCUGUAUCACAGUUACAGUAUUGAUGUUUCUGUGAUGUUACAAGUUUCCACAGGGAUGAUCUUGUGUUUUUAGAUAGCAUUGUUAAAGAAGUGUUUUUGGGUA